AUGUCUGUGUUAGUUACAGGUGCGUCAGGAUUCAUUGCUCUACAUGUUAUCAACCAAUUAUUAGAACAGAACUACAAGGUAAUUGGUACGGUAAGAUCAGAAGCUAAGGCUGAAAAGUUGAACAGACAAUUUAAUAAUCCUAAUUUAACAAUUGAAAUAGCCCCUGAUAUUGCUAACCUUGAUGCAUUCGAUGAAGUACUCAAGAAACAUUCUUCAGCAAUCGAUGCUGUGAUUCAUAUGGCAUCCCCAUUACCUUCAGGAAAUACUGAUUAUGAAACACAUUAUUUAAUUCCAGCACUUAAUGGUGUUAAAGGUAUUAUGAAUUCUAUCAAGAAAUAUGCCCCUCACUCAGUGAAACGUUUCGUUCUAACCUCCUCACUUGCUGCUAUUAUUGAUUUGAAAAAGAUGGAUGGUUCAGAGAUUUUCAAUGAAAAGAGUUGGAACCCUAUUACUUGGGAGGAGGCACAAACAUCAACUAUGAUGGCAUAUUGUGGCUCAAAAACUUUUGCUGAAAAAGCUGCAUGGGAAUUCUUGAAAGAAAACAAAGAUAUUAUUGAUUUUCAGAUGGUAGUUAUCAACCCUGGUGUUGUUUAUGGUGCUCAAUUAUUUGCUGAAGAUGUUGGCGAACAUUUGAACGGAUCAUGUGAAUCAGCUAACAAAUUGUUACACACUCCUGCCGACGUUAAGGAAACAACAAAAUAUGAGGGUGAGUUCAUCCACGUUUACGAUGUCGCAAAAGCUCAUGUUCUAGCAAUUCAAAGGGAGGAUUUAGUCGGAAAGAGACUGUUGUUGACUAAUCACGGUUACAGCCACCAAUCAUCGCUAAAUUCUAUGAACAAACAAUUUCCUCAACUAAAAGGUGUCAUCCCUCCUUAUGUCAGUGGUGAAGACGAAGUUCCAUCUAUCUGUGAUUCUAGCGUGACAAAAAAAUUAUUGGGCUUUCCAUUCAAAACUUAUGAUGAGGCUUUAUAUGAUUUGGUCCAUCAAGUAUUAAAAAAAGAAGGCCGUCUAUAA